AUGCAAAUAUUAUUAUUUACAUUAUUCAUUUUUAUUAGUGAAUGUCAAGGAUUUUUCAAAAAUCUUCCAUUUCAAUUAAAUACAAUAACUAAUCGUCAUAAUCUAACAUGUUUAUCCGAUUUUAGUGAUGGUGAUUUAUUUACCAAUUGUGAAUAUUGUGUAUAUGAAUUUUUUAAUAAUGGCACUGAUUCAACCAUAUAUUAUGAUUGUAUUUAUUUAACGAAUUCUUAUCGUGUUGUAACACAACGUUGUACAGGUUUUACUAAUAGAAGUGAUGUUGGUUAUGGUCUUUGUUCUAAAUUACCAUUUGAAUAUUUUGAUAUUGAUUUGCUUUGUAUAUGUGCAACAGAUUUAUGUAAUGAAAAUUUUACAACAUGUAAACAAUCUGUUGAUGCAAAUCCAAAUAUUCCACCACUUUCUUCACCUGUACCAUUACUUACUAAGGAAUCAUCAGUCAUCACAUGUGAAGAUACACCACUUGGAACAUUAAAUUCAACAUAUUAUUGUGUACGAGAUUCAACACCUUAUAUAAAUAUGGCUCAAUGUGAAGAAUAUGUUCAAAAUCAUACUGUACUUUGUAUGUAUUUAGAAAAUGAUAAUGAAACUUAUUUAACAUUAGUUGCAGUACCAGACGAAGAUUACGAAUAUGUAUUAGCUAAUCAAAUACAAUUAAUGCAAGAAAUGGCAGUUAAAUCUAAUGUUGAACAAUACUAUAAUGAAACAAGAAAUACAUUUUAUAUACAGUGGCAAGAAACACUUGAAGACUAUAAUUAUACUAUUAUCUAUAAUAAAUGUUAUUGUACGACAAAUGAUUGUAAUGUUAACUUAACUACAUGUCUUCGAGCUGGAGCCCAAAUAAAUGAGUCAUAUAAAAGUGAGAAUAAAUAUUGA